CGCGAAUUUCAAGAUGGCGGAUUCAACGAGGUCUUAUGGCAAUGAACUUGAUCAUCCAGAAGUUCUUUCCAGAGAGAGACUAAUAGAAAUUUUAUGCGAGAGAUCUAUUCUUCUUCAAGAUCUUGUUGACUUAGAAAAAGGCGAUCUUGUCCAGCUCUUUUAUAGAUAUGUCACACCUUUACCUCAGAGACUUCAUCAGCUCCGUAGGGCAAAACGAGUGGCACCAUCUGGCAAGGAACGCGUCACAUCACAGGGCAGAAAGUCUAAAAUAAUACGGUUGACGAAACGGUAAGAGUUCUUUUAAUAAUGAAACUGGAGAAAAAUGGCGAUAUCAUCAGUUCACCAUCACGGCUUUAUGUUGUCGACGGCCACAGUGAAUGCCUAUAAAAAGCAGAAAAGUUUGAGUUGUUUGACAAAGCUUGCGUAGGUCACAUACAUCAAUUUCCAGUCGUUUCACCAGAAAGUCGACAGCAGUUCACCAGACUGACUUCAAUUUGCCUGAUGUCAUUAACAUGUUGCAAUCAAUCGUAUUUGCGUAGAAACCUUUAGAAUUUCAAAUUUCUGUACUUACCAGCCUUAUAAGGUGAACAAAGGAAAAAAAUUAUUGUACAGUCGAAGCUCUCCUUGCGACAAUUCUCAUGAGCAAGCAGCCGUAGUUUCAUCCAGUGUUGUGAAACCCCAUUUGAACUGACUUAAGCUCUGUAAUGAAAAGCUCUCAUAACGAAGCAGUGUGCAAGGAGAGUAGUGUCCAAUAGCCCAGGGCUAGAGGAUUUUGCUAUCGGGCUAGUGAAUUCUGUUUUUCACUUACCCGACGGGCAAGUGAUGUUUUUUGAGGAAUUCAAAUAACAGAAGAACUGUGAAAUCAAUUCUGCUAGUCAAAAAGUUCUUGGGGCUAGUUGAAAUGACGUCUGGGCUAGUAAAUGCCAGCUUCAGCUCGCCUGAAUGGCAAGUCAGUUCAGUCAACUCGAGUUGAUUAGAGACAACUAAAACAACUUGCCAACUUUUGUAAGAUUUAGGAACAACUUGACUACAGGGUUUUGUUUAUCAUUAGUUUCAUGACAGUCACUUAGAUAUUGUUUGUGUCAUUUAGACCGAAUUGUUAGUUUUUGGUGAUUGGCAGCGCAUCAUGAACAUCCCUCAUAUUAGGUUCAGUACGUUGUAUCCUAGAUAAAGCAAGGAAACCUGAUAGGUUUCAUCCAUUGCACUGUUACAGCAAGAGGUGAAGAUGUUCGAACUCUCUUCCUGAUUCUUUUAGGGGAACCACUAGUCUGAAGAAAUAUAGGCGUUUACUUUUUUCCCAUAGCUAGUUUCAUAAAUUAGGCGCCUACUAUUACUGCCAGUUUGUGUUUUUAUGUUAAUAUGUUUUUUAAGUGUGAUGUAUGUGUAAUCAAGUUAAUGAAGUUAAAUAAAGUCAUGUAUGUAUGUAUGUAGAGGCAGGUUGCAGUAACAGUAACAGCUGAUGAAGUCAACUGAUCAGCUGAGUUAUAGUAUGGGCACAGAAAACACGUGAGUAAAGGACUAAGUCAGAUAAACACAAGAUUCGGUCAGCAUAAUCUGCAUGUCAUCAUCAUGCAUAGUCCAACUAAGACCAAAGAGAAACAUUCAAUCAGUAUGGGAACUUAAGUAUAUUGAGUAAAUCUUCAAAAGUUGGCAAGUUGUUUUAGUUGUAUUGAAUCAACCUCAAGUGGAUCAAACUGAUGUGAGAUAUGUAUCAAAUUGACUUCAGUUUGUACUGAAACGACUUGUUACUAUCAAAACGACCAGUCACCUCCAUAAGCAACAGCAGUCACUGUGAAUCACUGUGAGUUUAUUGUGAGGCUUUAAAUCUUUUCCACUAGAUCUACCAUUAUUUUUAUGAACAGCACUUGGGUCUUCUGUUUUCCAGAGCUACAAAAUGGAAGAAUUCAGCUCUGUUUAUGAGAACAGCACUCAUUAAAAAUUAACAUCUGCAAGAUUUCUGUACCACCCCAUACAUCUACUUUGCGUCUCAGCAUUUCACUGACAGUUGAAUCUCCUAUGUGGCCACCUAUUAAGCUGCCACCCUCUACUGAGGACUUGUAAUGCCGCUCCUGUCAUGUGUUUGUUUCAAAAUAAAGUGCUGUUUCUUCUAGUAAGUAAGAGGCCACUUAGCGGUGCCCUGGGGCCAGGUGGUUGUUUAAUAGCCCAUUUUACAGUUACAUUGUACAGGUGGAAAUGAAGCUGGAGUAGAGCUUGUUUUGAUACAACCCUUCCUGCUUUAUUAUGUAAAUCAUGUUGUUUUUAUGCUAAAUAGCAUUUUCAGAGCAUAAUUUCCAUAAGAAAAGGAAGGAGGUUUGUAUCAAAACAAGCUCAACCUUGACCUCACAUUCACCCAAAGGCUAUAUAGCUAGGAUUCUAAGUCCACAACUUUAAAAUGGUCUAUCAAGUUUUGACUGUAUUUCACACAAAAACUUGAUAUGAAUAGGGUUGAAUCAUGUACAUUGUAUGCAUAAUAAUAAAUGUAUGGGACUGAGUGGGAAUCUUCCACGUUAUUUGCAUUUUCUGUAUAAGUUAAUAUGAGGUUUUGUAAAACAGUGAGUGUCCCUGUAAGUGAUGUUUUUGUAAGUUCCAUUUUGACUGCUUUUAAUCUCUUUUAGAAAAUCUGAAGAAACUAUGGAUGGCACUGUCAGCAAGAUAGCAAGAACAGAAUGUAACAUAAUCAAAAUUAACAAAAGGCCUGCAACUUCACUUGAGUCAAUUAGCAAAGAAAUAAAUUCAGUUUCUAUUAAUUCUACAUCUCCUACAAAGGACUCUGCACCUGGGCACAGAAACAGUUUAUUAAACAAUGCUUCUAAACCAAAAGUGGUUAAGUUGAACAGGAAAACAUUGGGACUUAACUUGAAUAAAUCGCUUGAGCCAGCUAUAGCAAAGGUGGCUAUUAAUUCAACUUUAAAUGGUGGAGCACAAAAGGUAAUAUACCUGAUCUUUAAGUGUUGUCCUUAUUAA